AUGCUCCGGAAUGGAAACGAGGGAAUGUCCACAAUACCCGGAUUUAGUCAGAUCCAAUUCGAGGGAUUUUGUAGGUUCAUUAAUCAAGCCUUGGCAGAAGAACUUGACAAGUUUCCAACAAUUAAAGAUCCAGAUCACGAAAUUGCAUUUCAAUUAUUUGCGAAAGGAUAUCAACUGCUAGAACCCUCGAUAAAAGAAAGAGAUGCUGUGUAUGAAUCACUCACCUAUUCUUCCGAAUUAUAUGUAUCUGCGAGAUUAAUUUUUGGUUUCGAUGUGCAAAAGCAAACCAUUUCUAUCGGAAACAUUCCUAUAAUGAAUUCCUUAGGAACCUUUAUUAUAAAUGGAAUAUACCGAAUUGUGAUCAAUCAAAUAUUGCUAAGUCCUGGUAUUUACUACCGCUCGGAAUUAGAUCAUAAGGGAAUUUCUAUCUACACUGGCACUAUAAUAUCAGAUUGGGGGGGGAGAUCGGAAUUAGCAAUUGAUAAAAAAGAAAGGAUAUGGGCUCGCGUGAGUAGAAAACAAAAGAUAUCUAUUCUAGUUCUAUCAUCAGCUAUGGGUUCGAAUCUAAGAGAAAUUCUAGAUAAUGUUUCCUACCCUGAAAUUUUCUUGUCUUUCCCGAAUGCUAAAGAGAAGAAGAGGAUUGAGUCAAAAGAAAAAGCUAUUUUGGAGUUUUAUCAACAAUUUGCUUGUGUAGGUGGGGACCUGGUAUUUUCGGAGUCCUUAUGCGAGGAAUUACAAAAGAAAUUUUUUCAACAAAAAUGUGAAUUAGGAAGGAUUGGUCGACGAAAUAUGAAUCGGAGACUUAAUCUUGAUAUUCCUCAGAACAAUACAUUCUUGUUACCACGAGAUGUAUUGGCCGCUACGGAUCAUUUGAUUGGAAUGAAAUUUGGAACGGGUAUACUUGACGAUGACGAUAUGAAUCACUUGAAAAAUAAACGUAUUCGUUCGGUUGCGGAUCUGUUACAAGAUCAAUUCGGAUUGGCUCUUGGUCGUUUACAACAUGCAGUUCAAAAAACUAUUCGUAGAGUAUUCAUACGUCAAUCGAAACCGACUCCCCAAACUUUGGUAACUCCAACUUCAACUUCAAUUUUAUUAAUAACUACUUAUGAGACCUUUUUUGGCACAUACCCGUUAUCUCAAGUUUUUGAUCAAACGAAUCCAUUGACACAAACUGUUCAUGGGCGAAAAGUGAGUUGUUUAGGUCCUGGAGGGUUGACGGGGAGAACCGCAAGUUUUCGGAGCCGAGAUAUUCAUCCGAGUCACUAUGGGCGUAUUUGUCCAAUUGACACGUCUGAAGGAAUCAAUGUUGGACUUACUGGAUCCUUAACAAUUCAUGCGAGAAUUGAUCACUUGUGGGGAUCCAUAGAGAGUCCGUUUUAUGAAAUAUCUGCUGAGAAAGCAAAAGAAAAAAAAGAGAGACAGGUGGUUUAUCUAUCACCAAAUAGAGAUGAAUAUUAUAUGAUAGCAGCAGGAAAUUCUUUGUCCUUGAAUCAAGGUAUUCAGGAAGAACAGGUUGUUCCGGCUAGAUACCGUCAAGAAUUCUUGACUAUUGCAUGGGAACAGAUUCAUGUUAGAAGUAUUUUUCCUUUCCAAUAUUUUUCUAUUGGGGGUUCUCUCAUUCCUUUUAUUGAGCACAAUGAUGCGAAUCGGGCUUUAAUGAGUUCUAAUAUGCAGCGCCAAGCAGUUCCGCUUUCUCGGUCCGAGAAAUGCAUUGUUGGAACUGGAUUGGAACGCCAAACAGCUCUAGAUUCGAGGGUUUCCAUUAUAGCCGAACGCGAGGGAAAGAUCAUUUCUACUGAUAGUCAUAAGAUACUUUUAUCAAGUAGUGGGAAGACUAUAAGUAUUCCUUUAGUUAACCACCGUCGCUCUAACAAAAAUACUUGUAUGCACCAAAAACCCCGGGUUCCACGGGGUAAAUCCAUUAAAAAAGGACAAAUUUUAGCAGAAGGAGCUGCUACAAUUGGGGGCGAACUUGCUUUAGGAAAAAACGUAUUAGUAGCUUAUAUGCCAUGGGAAGGUUACAAUUUUGAAGACGCAGUACUAAUUAGCGAACGUUUGGUAUAUGAAGAUAUUUAUACCUCUUUUCACAUCCGGAAAUAUGAAAUUCAGACGGAUACGACAAGCCAGGGCUCCGCUGAAAAAAUCACUAAAGAAAUACCACAUCUAGAAGAACAUUUACUCCGCAAUUUGGACAGAAAUGGAGUUGUUAGGUUGGGAUCCUGGGUAGAAACUGGUGAUAUUUUAGUAGGUAAAUUAACGCCUCAGAUAGCGAGCGAAUCAUCUUAUAUCGCGGAAGCUGGAUUAUUACGGGCCAUAUUUGGCCUUGAGGUUUCCACUUCAAAAGAAACUUCUCUGAAAUUACCUAUAGGUGGAAGAGGGCGCGUUAUCGAUGUGAAAUGGAUCCAAAGGGACCCGCUCGACAUAAUGGUUCGUGUAUAUAUUUUACAGAAACGUGAAAUCAAAGUUGGGGAUAAAGUAGCCGGAAGACAUGGGAAUAAAGGGAUCAUUUCCAAAAUUUUGCCUAGGCAAGAUAUGCCCUAUUUGCAAGAUGGAACACCCGUUGAUAUGGUCUUCAAUCCCUUAGGAGUACCCUCCCGAAUGAAUGUGGGACAAAUAUUUGAAAGCUCGCUCGGAUUAGCGGGGGAUCUGCUAAAGAAACAUUAUAGAAUAGCACCCUUUGAUGAGAGAUAUGAGCAAGAGGCUUCAAGAAAACUUGUGUUUUCAGAAUUAUAUGAAGCCAGUAAAGAAACAAAAAAUCCAUGGGUAUUUGAACCCGAGUACCCGGGAAAAAGCAGAAUAUUUGAUGGAAGAACAGGCGACCCCUUUGAGCAACCUGUUCUAAUAGGGAAGUCCUAUAUCUUAAAAUUAAUUCAUCAAGUUGAUGAGAAAAUUCAUGGGCGUUCUACUGGGCCCUACUCACUUGUUACACAACAACCGGUUAGAGGAAGAGCCAAGCAAGGGGGACAACGAGUAGGAGAAAUGGAAGUUUGGGCUUUAGAAGGAUUUGGUGUUGCUCAUAUUUUACAAGAGAUACUUACUUAUAAAUCUGACCAUCUUAUAGCUCGCCAAGAAAUACUUAAUGCUACGAUCUGGGGAAAAAGAAUACCUAAUCAUGAGGAUCCUCCAGAAUCUUUUCGAGUGCUCGUUCGAGAACUACGAUCUUUGGCUCUAGAACUGAAUCAUUUCCUUGUAUCUGAAAAGAACUUCCAGGUUAAUAGGGAGGAAGUUUGA